CCGUGACCUCCAUGUGAGAGCGGCGGCGCCUGGUAAACAGUCCUGGGGGUUAGGACAUGGCUCCCAUAGGCGCCCGUUAGCUUCGCCCAGCCCGAGCUCCGGCGCCCAGCUCUGACAGGGGCUCACGGCAAUUCGGAGCCGUUUGCUGCAGGCGCGUUGAGGAAGAGAAAGGGCAGGACGGGAAGGACCGGGGUUUGCUGGCGCGGCACCGGGGCAGGCCGGCGAAGGCGGGCGGUUCAGGAUCCUCGCGGGGGCCCCUGGGCUGAAGUGGGGGCUCUCGUGCUGCCUCUUCCCGUCGCCCGCUUCCCUCCGCCUCGCUGACUCUCAAAACAAAGAGGCGUGCGGAGGCUUUUCCUUCUCUGGGGCCCGGGCGCCUUUUCCCAUCCCGAGCGGGAGCGCGCCAUGUGGAUCCAGGUCCGCACCAUCGACGGUGCCCAGACGCAGACCAUCGACGACCUCAGCCGCCUCACCAAGAUCGAGAGUCUCCGCAAGAAGAUCCAGGAGAGCUUCCGCGUGAGCCCCGACCGGCAGCGCCUCUUCUACCGGGGCAAGCAGCUUGAAGAUGGACAUACCUUAUUUGAUUAUAAUGUUGGACUGAAUGAUAUAGUACAGCUUUUGAUACGCUCAGAGUCUGAUGCGUUUGCUACUCCAUUAACUAAUAAAGAUGGAAAGGCUGUUCCCCGUGGAGUUGCCAACUGUAAGAACAAAGUCAAGCAAGGUGCAAACAGUGGAUCAUCUAGAUCAUCCAGUCAGCCUUCUACAUCAGCCCGCUCAUUUCUUAUUGAUCCUGGCAUUGGACGAUAUAAGAUAAAUGAAUUGGUGGAUGCCCGAGAUGUCACUAUUGGAUCGUGGUUUGAAGCUCAUAUAGAAAAUGUAACUCGAGCAACAAAAGGACAUAAAAAUGGAAAAGCUCAAGGAAAGAGUGGCAGUAAUUACAAAAGGACUAACGGAAGCUUAAGUCAAGAUCACUCUAGAGAAAAUACAAAUAAUUUGGACAAUAUACCUUCCACAUCUUAUUCAGAUUAUAUGGACAAUGAUGAAGAUAUUAUUUAUCAUAUCAAGUAUGAUGAAUACCCAGAGAGUGGCAUUGUAGAUAUGACCGUCCGUAAUCUACGACCACGAGCAAGAACUAUUUUGAAAUGGAACGAAUUACAUGUGGGUGAUAUGGUAAUGGUUAACUACAAUGUAGAGAGUCCUGAGGAGAGAGGAUUCUGGUUUGAUGCAGAAAUUACCUCUUUAAGGGAAAUUUCAAGGACUAACAAAGAAAUUUAUGCCAAAAUUAUGUUGGGAGGCCCAGAAGAUGUAAUAAAUGAUUGCAAGCUACUUUUUAUAGAGGAAAUAUACAAGAUUGAAAAGCCAGGAGCAUAUCCUCUGACAUUUGCAGAUGGAGAAUUCAAAAGAAAGAGUGGCCCUGAAUGUAAGCACUGCAGAGCUGAUCCAGAUAAAGAAUGUCGAUUUUGCUCCUGUUACUUGUGUGGGGGGAAACAAGAUGCCCACAUGCAACUUCUCUGUGAUGAGUGUAACAUGGCCUACCACAUAUACUGCCUGAAUCCACCUUUAAGCAAGAUACCAGAAGAUGAGGAUUGGUAUUGUCCUUCCUGUAAAAAUGAUUCUAAUGAAGUUGUAAAAGCUGGGGAAAAGCUCAAGCAGAGUAAAAAGAAAGCAAAAAUGCCAUCCGCCUGCACAGACAGCCAGCGAGACUGGGGCAAGGGUAUGGCCUGUGUUGGGCGUACUAAAGAAUGCACUAUUGUUCCUUCCAACCAUUAUGGACCUAUUCCUGGAGUUCCUGUUGGAACAACAUGGAAAUUCAGAGUGCAGGUGAGUGAAGCAGGUGUCCAUAGACCUCAUGUUGGUGGAAUUCAUGGUCGUAGUAACGAUGGAGCUUACUCUCUUGUGCUGGCUGGAGGAUUUGAAGAUGAAGUAGACCGAGGUGAUGAAUUUACUUAUACUGGGAGUGGUGGGCGAGAUCUUUCUGGCAAUAAAAGGAUUGGAGAACAUUCAUUUGAUCAAACUUUAACACAUAUGAACAGGGCACUGGCCCUAAAUUGUGAUGCCCCAUUGGAUGAUAAAAAUGGAGCAGAGUCUAAAAACUGGAGAGCCGGUAAACCAGUUCGAGUGGUUCGCAGCUCAAAAGGACGAAGGAUCAGCAAAUAUGCUCCUGAAGAAGGCAAUAGAUAUGAUGGCAUUUACAAGGUGGUGAAAUACUGGCCAGAAAUUGGGAAAUGUGGUUUCUUAGUCUGGCGCUAUCUUUUGAGAAGGGAUGAUGCUGAACCUGCGCCUUGGACUUCGGAAGGAAUUGAACGGUCAAAGAAACUGGGCCUGAGUUUACAGUAUCCAGAAGGCUAUUUGGAAGCCAUGGCUAGUAAAGAAAAGAAGGAUAAAGUCAAAAAAAUUGUAAAACAGGAGCCAACAGAACAGAGCAAUGGAAAUCAGAAAAGGCCAGUUGAUGAUGAAGCUGUAGAAGAACCUCCAAAACCAGCCAAAGCCAGGCGGAUGGGAGAUGGUGGGAAAGGGGAAGCUUUCCAGCUAACUCAGCAACAGCAGUGGUUGAUUCAGAAAGACUCUCCAAACCAGAAACUGUGGGAUGAAGUUCUUGCUUCUCUUAAGGAAGGACCAAAGUUUUUGAAGAAACUGGAACAAUCCUUUAUGUGUGUCUGCUGCCAGGAGCUGGUUUACCAACCGGUGACCACAGAGUGCCUCCACAAUGUCUGUAAAAGCUGUUUACAGCGCUCUUUCAGAGCUGAAGUCUUCACUUGCCCGGCUUGCCGACAUGACCUUGGAAAGAGCUACACUAUGGUUCCUAACAAGAUCCUGCAGACACUACUUGACCAGUUCUUCCCUGGUUACAGCAAAGGACGAUGAUACGUGAACCACUCCACAUACUUCUCCUAAUGACUUACAGACUGUAAAAAGAGAAGAAACCAGGAAAGCUCAACAGUGGACCAGGUGGCUCGAGGGAAAUUCUCUUUAUGGCCACAUUGUGAAACAGCUAAUCCAAUUCUCUUUCCCAUUUAGCAAUCUUUUGGUGUAGCAAGAACUUUGAAUUCUCAGCUGUCUUUCAAACACUGAAGGUAGUUUUGGACAGAUGACAACUAGUUUGUAUACAGGAAAAACAGAAGCUUCAGCUCUGACUGGGUACAGUAGCUAGUGUUUCAAAUUAAAGUUUCAAAUUUUCGUAACUACCUCAGAUGGAGGAAAACAAUUUGUGGGAAACUUUAAGAGCAGGUUGAAUGAAGUUUAGCUACACACUGCCUCCUGAACAAUUAGUUUUGUCUGGUCCAUGCAGUUUGAUUUUUACCACCAGAAGACAGCACUUAAACCAGCUUUGAUUACAGAACAUCAAAUUCUGUGGUGUGCAUAAUCCUCGUUUGUGUUUCCUCCCGUUAGGCUGUAUUUCUUUCUUUUGCAAGAACAGGCUUUUAGUCUAUUUUGGUGAGCGUCCUUGUGCUCUCGUAUCUUAUGCAAGUUGACUACUAAUGACUGAGAACAAUAUGAAUGCAUUGUUGCUGUUAAUGUAAAGUGAUUUGUGUUUUUUGCACUUAAGAGAGGGUAUUCCAGACACUCGACUUGUGUAAAAACGAUUUCAUAUGAACCCAAGCCACUUUUUGUAUUAGGUAAUACUGUAUGCUUUUAGUAGGUCUUGUAUCAGUGGCAAUACAUCUUAACACAGCAUUGAGAGCAGUGCUAGCUUCUUGGAGAGGGCUCAAAUUGCUUCAUAUUGUGAUCUGAAAUUUUAUAUACAGUAUAUUCCUCCUCCCCAUAUACCUUAUUAAAUAUUUUAUGAUUCAGAAAAUCUUGGUAAUUGUGUGUAUUUUACAGCCAUGAAACUGAGGGGGUACCUGUUUUUUCUAAAGGAGGGCUUUUUAUAACAGUAUGUGAAAAUCCCAUUUGAAAUUUUUGAUAAUAUGGGCCAAUGUGUUUGACAAGGCCUAGGAGUUAGAUUAGUCUUUUGGAAAGUGGCAUGUUAAACAAAACCUAUUUUGAAAAGCCUUAACUGGAUGAGUUUUCAUACAUGGCUUUGAUUGCAGUUCAAUGGAUGACUUGCUGCUGUUACAACAACAGAUGUCAAUACUCUUGUCUAGUGCAGAGUUUUCAGAGCAUUUCAGUAAUCGUAACAAGCCCUUAAAACAGGCCACUGUUAAUUUCAAUAUUGCAGAUUGGGGACAGAAUUCCUUAAAGCCACCUGGAAAGUUCAUGGCCUUAACUGAAAACACAGAGAAAUCUAUAAAAGAUAAGAUUUUUCUCCUCUGAUAUACCAGAUCCUCGCCUCUGCCUAUCUUUUUGAAUUCUUUUUUUUUGUAUUUACAGAGCUACAUGUCAAAAAUAUUACUGUGUCUGUCUUCAUCAACUGUAGCUUACCAAAGUGCCAUAAUGGGGAUUAAGUGGUUUGGCAAAGUCUGAAUAGUUCCUGUUCUUUUAAUAGCAAGCUUUAACAAUUCAAAUAAUUAAGUUGCCUGUCAAUGCUCAUGUAUAUGUUAUUUAAAAGUUGUGCAGAACUUACUUGCAGAAAACAAUUAUUGACUAGUUUCUUGAUGUUGCUUAUUUUAGCAGGCUUUGAGCAACAGCUGUACACAGUAAAGUUUGAUAACAGGCAUCAAUGGGGAAUGGGAGUUGCAAUUAACAAAUCUGUUACCCAUCAGCAAGAGGACAUCAGUGUGAAGCAAGCAGUAGCCAUGGCCAAGACCCACAGUUCACUCCCAGCACAGCCCAUGCCAUGCCUAAGUCACACAUGUGCUGGCUCUCCAACCCAGGGGCAGUGAGCAAGCAGUAUGGAAGUGAUCUGAGGUGGGCCCCUGGGUAUGCCAUUUAAGCAAGUUGGCACUUGGUAACCAGCCAUUUAACCAUGCAUUUACUGCAGUUGUUUUCAUGCCAGCCAGAUUUAAAUUGGUGUGUCUUUAAUAUGUAAUUCUUCUUUGGUGAUUGCUGACACAUUUUUGUUCCUUGUAUGAUACGCUUUCAAUUGACUGAUUUGUUUUCUGAUGUAUCCUAUUAAAGGAUGUAUGCUCAUCCUUUACUUCAAGUAAGACAGAUUCAAUGUGUCGGAGUUGCGUUAAUUACAGUUGCAAAUUGCACUACACAGACAGUGUCCUAGACAAGUUACAGAGUAAGAAGUGGAUGUCAUUCUUCUGAGUUAGUCAAAUUCCAGUUACAGCAAGCCCAGCCACUAGUAUUUUUUCAUUGCUAAUUUCUUGCAUUACCUAACUACAAAUGCAAUAAACAGCAUUUUUAAAAAUGAUGAGGCAAGUAAUAAGCAAGACUGUCUGAGGAUAUUCACCAAUGAUUCACAGAAAAACCUCUUGCUCUACGAUCAGGGUCAUCUUAGCCUACUUGUUUCAUAGAAAGCAAGUAUCUAGAAAAUUCAACAGCAAGAAAGCCAGCCACUUCACUGCUAAUGAACCUUGAUUAGGAAGUGCAAAAAGAACCAACAUAUAGGGGCCAGGAAGAACACUUUUUUACUAUUAGGUACUGAAAAGAGUAAGAUGCAAUUCCUCAAACUUAUUAAGCCUGCAUGCAUUUUGGAAUUCUGAGAAUGGGUACUGGGCA